AUGGCUAUGCGAGACACGCUUAAGCAUUUUCGGUAUUAUCUGUUAGGAGCAGAAGUAGUGAUGAGGACCGACCACAAACCUCUUCUAAAGAUCCUGGAACAGAAAGAUCCAUUUGGACGAAGAGCGACAUUGAUGAGAGAUAUAGCAGAAUUCGAACCACGCAUAGAGUUUAUUCGAGGGCAGGAUUAUCACAUGGCAGAUGCUCUUAGUCGGAUCGGAUGGAAUGUCAAGUGGGAAGAGAGAGAUGAGGAUACUAGUAAAGUGGCUACUAUUGGUGGCUCUCAAGACGAGAUUGGUCCAUGCAAGGAUGUAAGGUUGGACAUAAAUGAUUUCCAAUUGCAGCAAGAACGUGACCCAACCCUUAAGCCACAUAUUUCCACUCACCGAAACGAACAUGGUUUAUUCCCACAAGAUCAUAAGAAGCAAGUGUUACUUCCAGCACCGCUUGUUCCCACCAUAUUAUCAUUAGCUCAUGACGAAACAGGGCACCAAGGAGCAGAAAAAAUGCUUGCAAGAAUUGAACCUCAUUAUUGGUGGCCAAAGAUGAAAGCAGAAGUAGAGAAAUAUGCAAAAACGUGCCAACGCUGAGCAACUACUCUUGCCCAGGGACAUAGAAAAGCACCCAUUCAUCAACGACCAAAAGAAGAGAAACCAUUUGCGUUGAUAGAAGUAGAUCUCAAGGGUCCAUUACCGAGAACGAAAGAGGGAUUUGACAAUAUUGUUGUGAUAACAGAUCCAUGUACAAAAUAUGCAGAGAUGCAUCCAAUUCGAGGACAAACCAGCCAAGUUGUUUGUAAGACACUCAUGGGUUGGAUAUCAAGAUAUGGUUUACCAAACAAAGUGCACUCUGACAAUGGACCUUGUUUCAUAAGCGAAACAUUUGAACAGUUUUGCAUAACGCAAGGCAUUAUUGAGCAUACUUUCAGUCCACCCUAUAGGCCACAAGGAAACGCGGGUGUAGAACGGAUUAAUCGUACGAUGGGGGAAGCACUCACAAAAUUGGUAGAUAAACAUCCCAACCGAUGGUCUCAACACCUACCUGACGUACAACUAGCAUACAACACAGCAGUUCAUACAAGUACAGGAGUUUCGCCGUACGAACUAGUUUUCAAGGAGCACCCGCGAUCAAAAUUCGAAAUUAUAACAGAGAAGAUAUCACCAGCAACGGUUAGAGAGAAAACGGAACGACUGCGCGAGACUGUUAGUGAGGUAUUCCAAAAAGCACAAGAGUCCGAUGCCAAGUUAGCGGAAAAACGCAGAGAACGGUACAACAGUAAAACUUCGUUUAAAUCGUUGGGGGUGGGUCAACAAGUUUGGAAAAGAAAUUUACGAGCAAAACCAUUUGCAGAUCGGUGGACGGGACCCUAUGUCGUAGUAAAGCCCACGUCGGUAACCAAAACAUCUUAUGUAGUGAGAAGGAAUAAUGGAACUAAAGAAGAAAUUGUCCAUUACAAUUACCUUAAACCUUAUCAGAUUCGACCUGUCAAGAAACCAAAGUCAAGGAAUCCACCAAAGAAGAAUGGGGUCGGACACCCAGCACUGGGUACCAGUGAGGACAGUGAAUCUGACAGCAGAGAAGAGGAAAUGCAACCAGAGAGAAGAUAUCCAGAAAGAAUCCGAAGACCUCCAGAAAAAUACACAUAA